CGCACCGGGCUGAAACGGUGGCAGCGCCGCAGCCGGGGUCGGAGCGCAGGAGCCGACGGGGCCCGGCCGGGAUGGUGCAGCGGCAGCUCCUCGGCGCACACACGCACUGAGUGGGCCCAAGCUGGGCCCCGCGCCCCCCGCGCCCCCCGCCGCCCCGAUCCCGGCCGGCAUGAUGUGCCUGGAAUGCGCCUCGGCGGCGGCGGGCGGCGCGGAGGAGGAGGAGGCGGACGCGGAGCGGCGGCGCCGGCGCCGGGGGGCGCAGCGAGGGGCCGGCGGUGGCGGUUGCUGCGGGGCGCGGGCAGCGGGCGCCGCUGGAGUGGCGACCGCCGACGAUGAGGUGCAGACGCUGUCGGGCAGCGUGAGACGGGCCCCUUCCGCACCCCCCAGCACCCCCAGCACCCCCAGCUGCGCAGCCGCUGCCAAGGGCCUCGGCGCUCAGCAGCCCAAACCAGCCAGCUUGGGCCGCGGGCGGGGGGCAGCCGCUGCCAUCCUCAGCUUGGGCAACGUGCUCAACUACCUGGACAGGUACACCGUAGCAGGUGUCCUUCUGGACAUCCAGCAGCACUUCGGGGUCAAGGACCGAGGCGCCGGCUUGCUGCAGUCAGUGUUCAUCUGCAGCUUCAUGGUGGCUGCGCCCAUCUUUGGCUACCUGGGUGACCGCUUCAACAGGAAAGUGAUCCUCAGCUGUGGGAUUUUCUUCUGGUCGGCCGUCACGUUCUCCAGCUCCUUCAUUCCGCAGCAGCACUUCUGGCUGCUGGUCCUGUCCCGCGGGCUGGUGGGCAUCGGUGAGGCCAGCUACUCUACCAUCGCGCCCACCAUCAUCGGCGACCUCUUCACCAAGAACACGCGCACGCUUAUGCUGUCUGUCUUCUACUUCGCCAUCCCUCUGGGCAGCGGCCUGGGCUACAUCACCGGCUCCAGCGUGAAGCAGGCGGCCGGAGACUGGCACUGGGCCUUGCGGGUGUCCCCCAUCCUGGGCAUGAUCACAGGAACGCUCAUCCUCGUCCUGGUCCCGGCCACUAAGAGAGGCCACGCUGACCAGCUCGGGGGGCAGCUCAAGGCCCGGACGUCAUGGCUCCGAGACAUGAAGGCCCUGAUCCGCAACCGCAGCUACGUCUUCUCCUCCCUGGCCACGUCGGCCGUGUCCUUCGCCACAGGGGCCCUGGGCAUGUGGAUCCCGCUCUACCUGCACCGCGCCCAAGUCGUGCAGAAGGCGGCGGAGACGUGCAGCAGCCCGCCCUGUGCGGCCAAGGACAGCCUCAUCUUCGGGGCCAUCACCUGCUUUACGGGUUUUCUCGGGGUGGUCACGGGCGCAGGAGCCACGCGCUGGUGCCGCCUGCGGACCCAGCGGGCUGACCCGCUGGUGUGCGCCGUGGGUAUGCUGGGCUCCGCCAUCUUCAUCUGCCUCAUCUUCGUGGCGGCCAAGAGCAGCAUCGUGGGGGCCUAUAUCUGCAUCUUUGUAGGGGAGACGCUGCUGUUUUCUAACUGGGCCAUCACGGCGGACAUCCUCAUGUAUGUGGUCAUCCCCACCAGACGGGCCACUGCCGUUGCCCUGCAGAGCUUCACGUCCCACCUGCUGGGGGACGCCGGAAGCCCCUACCUCAUCGGCUUUAUCUCCGACCUGAUCCGCCAGAGCACCAAGGACUCCCCGCUCUGGGAGUUCCUGAGCCUGGGCUACGCCCUCAUGCUCUGCCCCUUCGUCGUGGUCCUGGGUGGCAUGUUCUUCCUGGCCACCGCGCUCUUCUUCCUCAGCGACCGCGCCAAGGCUGAGCAGCAUGCCCGGGCCAGGCCCCCGCUGAUCCGCCACCUUGACCCCCGCCCGUCUCUCCCCCAGGGUGAACCCGCUGGUGAUGCCGCCCGCAUCUGUGAAAGUCUGAGGCAGUGCCACUGGGACAACGAAGAACCCUUGCUCCUACCUAGCCUGGGAGGUGUCCCCCGGCGCCCUGGCCCCGUAGGGCUGUCCCGAAGCUUUCCGUGUGACCCACAGCUGGGCGCCCACCGGCUCUGGUCUGGGACUGCCGCGUGGCCUUGGCUCCAAGAAGCUGUGUCCUCAACUAACCUGGAAGGCUGUGUGUGCUGGAGCCAUACCCUGGGACAGACCCCCAGGCCUGGGUCUGGGGUGCAGGGGCCCUGGGGCCCAGGAAGAAGACAGCCCGCUGUGGGCGUGUGGGGAGAGGCUGGCCUGUCCCCGGCUUACGUGAUCCUGGGGCAGUCUCUGCCCUCCCCGGACUCCGGGGCCCGGGGGCUGGACUUUCCCGCCAGCUUGCUGGGCAAGGCACUACCUGCAGCUCUGAAGACACGACAACCCCUGGGCUGCACAGAGAAGAGGUGGCCCAAGCCUCAGGGUGGCACUUCCGGCUCUGAGACUCCCUGAAGGGCCUGGUGUGUGAGGACUACAUAGCCUGUCAGCUGGGCCUCUGACCUCGUGGACGUUGGACUCAACCUGGCAGAGCCGGGCACCCGCGUUGCUAGGCGCUUCCCAGCCUGGCUGGUCGCUCUGGAGGACGUCUGUCUCUGCUGCCCUGGGCUGGCUGUCAGCCCGGAGAUCUCCCAGGUGGGGGACCAUCCUGACAGGGAGCUGGCAUUACCAGGAGUGAAGGCCCUGGUGGCAGCUACACGCCACGUGUGCCCCAGGCUUGAGACCUCUGGGGGUUCCCCAUGCCUACAGGGCUCCUUGGAUCCACCCUAGCACCCCCGCCCUCCAGAAGCCGGGAGCUGACUCUGGCCCCCAGGCUGGGCCCUUGCCAGGGGCAGCGCCCAGGGGACAAUUCCCAGAAUCUGUGGGGCAGCAGCCAGGGCUCCGGCUGUCAGAGGAAGCAGCCCUCCACUGGGCUUCCUGUCCCAGGGACGAGGCUGGUGGAGACUGAGGCGCGUCGGGACAGGCCAGCACCCAGAGCCACCUCCACGCACACACCAGCUGCUGCUGCCGUUCACACGCAGCCCCGACUCCCCCCACCCAGAGCCACACACCGGGGCGCAGCCGCCAACUUCUCACCAGACCCCCAGCUUCCCAGCGGAGCUUAUCACAUCCCCUCUGCUCCACGCUCCCUCCCGGCACCGUUGCUGGAAUCAAGGUGGUUGUGGUCGAGGUGGCCCCGUGUGUCCAGCAGGAGUCACUAAGAGCCAGCCAGCUUAGUGCGCUCUGCCCACAGUCGACUGGCUGGUGUGGCUUCAAGGGGGGGGAAGUUAGUGGAGGAGCCCCUCCCCACCAAGCUCUGGGGCACCCUGGGGGGGGCCUAACCAAGGGGUGGGCUUCCCCCAAAGACCAGCCUGGCCUCCAUUCCCACCCCGGCCUCAACUGGGGCCCCAGCAAUGUUUUCUUGUUGUACAAGAACCAGGUCCAAGUGUUGCUUCCUCUUCCUUCCGGAAGCCAAACUGCUCCUUUAUUUUUUAGAGCUGCUGAUUGUGAAUCUCAGAGUCUUAAAAGAGAAGCCAAAUAUAUUCCUCUUGUAAAUGAAGAAAUAAAGAUAUUUAAGUCAUG